AUGGCAGACAUCCAACCAUUCACAAUCUCCAUCCCGGAUUCGGCGAUCCAGGACCUGAAGCUCCGUCUCGAGCUGGCGCGGUUUCCGGACGAGCUGGAGGGCGCCGGAUGGGAAUACGGAUCACCUCUGGCGGACGUGAAGCGCCUGACCGCCUAUUGGAAAGACCAACACGACUGGCGGGCCGCGGAGAAGCAACUGAACACCCUGCCACAAUUCACGACCUCCAUCGCCGUCGACGGCUUUGAACCGCUGAAAAUCCACUUCGUCCAUCAGAAAUCGCAAGUCAAGGAUGCCAUCCCAUUGCUGUUCGUCCACGGCUGGCCUGGCAGUUUCAUUGAAGCGAGCAAGAUCUGGGAGAAGCUGGCGUCACCCGAACCAGGAUCCAACGCCCCGGCCUUCCACUUCGUCGCCCUGAGUCUGCCGGGGUAUGGAUUCUCGGAGACGGCGAAGAAGAAAGGGUUUGCACUGGCGCAGUAUGCCGAGACGGCACACAAACUAAUGCUGAAGCUGGGGUACAGCGAGUACGUGACGCAGGGAGGCGAUUGGGGCUAUUACAUCACGCGGGCAAUCAGCCUGCUCUACCCGGAGCACUGUAAGGCGACGCACGUGAACAUGGACCAGGGCGAGGCGCCGACGCUCAGCACGAACCCUCUCCUGGCUCUCCAGCACGCGGUGACGCCGUACACGGAGUACGAGACCAAAGGACUCCAACGCACGAAGUGGUUCCUGGAGCAAGGCUCGGGCUACCGGGCGCAGCAGAGCACGAAGCCACAAACGCUGGGCUACUCGAUGGCCGACUCGCCGGUCGGGCUGCUGGGCUGGAUCUACGAGAAACUGCACGAUUGGACGGACCACUACCCCUGGACGGACGACGAGGUCUGCACGUGGGUCAGCAUCUACUGGUUCUCGACCGCGGGCCCCGCCGCGAACCUGAGGAUCUACUACGAGGCGACCCAUGAAUGGGACAAUCCCGCCCGCAGAGUCACCCGCGACCGCACCCGCCAGUGGAUCGGCGGCGGCGUCAAGCUGGGCCUCACGCACUCGCCUGCUGAGCUGAGGGUCUUGCCGAGCGUGUGGACCCGCACCCAGGGGAACGUGGUGUUCGAGACGACGCACGACUCCGGUGGCCAUUUCUUUGCCUAUGAGAGGCCGGAUCAUCUGAUUGCUGAUGUCAGGGCCAUGUAUGGAAAGGGCGGCGGUGCUGGCGGCGUCGUGAAGGGAAGGAGUGGCUAUUGA